AUGGAUGAGGAAAAUCAAGAUCAGGUUAUCUUCACCAAAGCAGAAAAGAUCAAUCUAUGGAACUUCCUGAAAUAUGACCUGAGCAAGUACAAAGAUGAAGGCAAGGAGAGGAUAGCAUGGUACAUGUACGACUGGGCAAAUCAAUCGAUCGCGUCAGCAGCGUUUGCUGUGCUUCUUCCUGUCUUCCUGAACAACAUAGCCGCCGACGAAGCUUACAAAGGCUCCCUCACCGUCCCUUGUCCAGAUGUUUGUACUUUGCAGGGUGGCUGUCCGGGGACGAAAUACCCCUGCAAGGCUUGCGUAGUGGGUGAGGGAGUCUUCCAGUGGAACCCCAAGGCAGCAUCGAUCACUCCAAUCGUCCCCAAGACUGUUGACUUCAUGUUCCCUGUCGGGCCCUUCGAGUUUGCUAUGAAGGUCACGUCGCUCAGCGUUGCCCUGCAAGCGUUUCUCUACAUCACCUGUGGCCCGAUGGGCGACUACGGCACGCAUAGGAAGAAGGGUCUUGUUAUCUCGACUGUGCUAUGCUGCAUCUGCCUAUUCUUGUACCUCGCCAUCACGAAACCCUCAAUGUACGUCUAUGCUGGAAUCCUGACCAUCCUGAUGAACGGCUUCUACGGCCUCGGCACAGUCUUCUACAACUCGUUCCUCCCGCUCUUGGCAUCGGAGCACAAGGACUACAAGGCUUCCAACGGCGACUUGCGACUGUGGCAGCGAAUUCAAAACGCCAUGAGUGGGAUCGGAGUAGUCAUCGGGUACGUGGCAGGAAUUAUCACGUGCGUGGUAUGCGCAAUGAUCGCCCUGGGGCUGACGAAGAAGGACGGGUCUUCGUUCCUACCCGGAUUUGGAUACAGGAUAGGCACACGGGCAGCACUUGCCUUCUGCGGGGGCUGGUUUAUGCUGUUUUCCUUAUGGACCUUCAAGUAUAUGCGUGAAUAUCCUGGAAAAGAUCUCCCAGCAGGAGAACGAUUGAUUUUCAAGGGAUGGAUCAACACUUAUCGAACUCUCCGAGAGAUCAUGAAAUACCCGGAAACUGCUAAGUUCGCUCUGGCAUGGUUCGUCUACUCCGACGCUUGCUCAACGCUCUCAACAGUCGGAGUGCUUGCUGGGACCAACAUCUUGUGUAUGAACGCGACCCAAAUCUUGUACGUUGUCAUCGAAGUCCACGUAGUGGCAAUCUUUGGAUGCUACUUUUUCUUCUGGUUGGAAGGACACUUCAAGAUUCCCGUCAAGUACGUGCUGAUGAUGCUGGUCCUUAUCAAUGUCUUCAUCAGCGCAUGGGGAAUGUCAGGAUUUUUUGAGUCAUCGCAAGUUGGCAUGCGUCACGUGUGGGAGCUUUUCUGGCCUUUUGGCUUCUUCUACGGCCUUUUAAUCGGCGCUCUUCACGGGUACUCAAGGGCCACAUGGGCGGAUUUAUCACCUCCGGGCAAGGAGAGCGAAUUCUUUGCUUUCUACGCCAUCACGGAUAAGGGAUCAUCAUGGCUGGGUCCUCUCGUCUGCGCUGAGAUCUACAACAAGACAAACUCCAUCUGCGCUGCCUUCUUUUUUCUCUGCGGAAUGAGCAUCCUGGGAAUCAUCCUAAUCUUCUGGGUCGAUCAUGAGAAAGGCAUGUCGGACGUCGGUCGUGUGCCCGAGCGAGAGGCCCACAUGUUCGAGGAAGUGACGCUGGCGAGUAUCGAGAAGAUCACUGUCAUGGACCUGCCGCAAGGGCAUGUGGUGGAGCUUGCUGAGAUGGACGGAAAGGACUCUAGUGGGACGGAUUCACCCGUGAACUCUUAA